CCCACACCCACACCCACAUCCAUCGCCGGCGAUGAAGCCCCUCCUCUCCCAGUCCCUCCACGCCGCCGUCGACCGCCGCUGGCUGCUCCCCCUCGCCGUCGGCUCCGCCCUCUCGCUCCUCCUCCUCGUCGCCCUCACCACCUUCCCCCUCCCGUUCCCCUCCUCUUCCUCCUCCACGCCAUCCUCCGCCCUCUUCGUCGAGCACAAGCUCUCCCCCACCCCGCCGUCCCCCGCCGGCGCCUCGCUGCCCCGCAUCGCCUUCCUCAUCUCCGGCUCCGCCAAAGACGCCUCCGCGCUCCGCCGCGUCCUCCUCGCGCUCUACCACCCCAGGAACCGCUACAUCCUGCACCUCGAUGCCGAGGCCCCCGACUCCGACCGGAGGGACCUCGCCGCCGCCCUCGCCGCCCACCCCGUCAUCGCCGCAGCGGACAACGUCCGCGUCGUCGACCGCGCCAACCUCAUCACCUACCGCGGGCCCACCAUGGUCGCCAACACGCUCCACGCCGCCGCCGCCUUCCUCUGGGGCCACGCCGGCGACGGCGGCUCAGACUGGGACUGGUUCAUCAACCUCUCCGCCUCCGAUUACCCGCUCGUCACGCAGGAUGAUCUGAUACAUGUCUUCUCCAAGCUGCCGCGUGAUCUCAACUUCAUUGACCACACUAGCGACAUCGGAUGGAAGGAGUUUCAGAGGGCCAAGCCCGUGAUCAUUGACCCUGGUCUCUACAUGAAGAAGAAGGCCGAUGUGUUCUGGAUACCACAGAGGCGGAGCGUGCCCACAGCCUUCAAGCUCUUCACUGGUUCCGCUUGGAUGGCACUGUCUAGGCCCUUUGUGGAAUACUGCAUAUGGGGCUGGGACAACCUACCUCGCACAGUGCUCAUGUACUACUCCAAUUUCAUCUCCUCGCCAGAAGGCUAUUUCCACACCGUGGUCUGCAACGCUGAGGAAUUCAAGAACACGACCGUGAACCACGACCUGCACUACAUCUCGUGGGACAACCCUCCGAAGCAGCAUCCGCACUACCUGACGGUGGAAGACUUGGACAGGAUGGUCGCUAGCGAUGCGCCGUUCGCUCGGAAGUUCCACGCAGACGACCCUGUGCUAGACAGGAUAGACGGGGAGAUCCUGUCCCGCAGCGUGGACAUGCCGACCCCUGGAGGCUGGUGCGCAGGAACGCGAGAGAAUGGGAGCGACCCUUGCUCGGUGAUAGGUGACACCAGCCUCCUUCGGCCUGGGCGUGGAGCGGUGCGCCUGCAGCGGCUGAUGACGUCGCUGCUGUCAGAGGAGAAGUUCCACCCAAGGCAGUGCAAGUAGCGUGUUGCCUCUGCCCCAAAUCUGAGCUAUAUAUGGUUGUUUGUUCUACACACGCAUGGACUGCUGCUGCUGCUGCUGGCGUUGCAUACAUACUCUAGUUGUUCUGACUUGUAACAGGUCGUCGCCGUUUUGUGAGGCAGCUGCCGUUUAACCUGUGCCAUGUUGCUGAUGUACUUCCACAUUAGUUAGCUCAUCUGUAGAGCCUGUUGUGUCGUAUCUCCACAUGUAGUAGGUAUGAGUAUGAACCUGGACACCUGGUGAUGAAUAUAUUUCCAAGGAUAGUGUUGUUGGUUUUUGAGGUGCAA